AGACAUGGCUGGCCGCCGCCCGUGCGCCCCCAGACCGACGUCAACCGAUACACGUCGUUUCUCCUCCUCCUCAUCCUAUCGACUCAGUUGACCGCAUUUGCCAGCUCUACGAACUUCCAUCCUCCUGAUUCCUCGACGUCCGAGAAGCUCGACUCCCUUCUCACCCUCCUACCACUGCCACUGUUUGCGACUCCAGCCCAGCUCCAAAACGCCCGCACACAGCCGUCUGUUCUUGUUCCAACCCAAACAAAGGACACACAUACAAACACACAAGACACAGCGCUCUACAGCUCUCUCGCCCACCAUGGCCGCAAAGACCUUCACCCGCGACGAGGUCGCCAAGAACAACACCGAGGACUCCCUCUGGUGCAUCAUCGACUCCAAGGUCUACGACCUCACGGACUUCGUCGACGGCCACCCGGGCGGCGAGGCCGUCCUGCGCCAGGUCGCCGGCCGCGACGCCACCGCCGAUUUCUACAACCUCCACCGCCACGAGGUCCUGACAAAGUACGACAAGACCCUCGUCAUCGGCACCGUCGCCGGCGAGACGCCCCAGGUCGCCAACCCCGGCCCCGGCGAGCUGUCCGCCGUUCCCUACGCCGAGCCCACCUGGCUCACGCCCCAGUUCAAGUCCCCCUACUUCAACGACUCCCACCGCGCCCUGCAGCGCGCCAUUCGCGACUUCACUGACCGCGAGAUCACCCCUGUCGCCCUCGAGUGCGAGGAGAAGGGCGAGCACAUCCCCCAGGACCUCAUCGACAAGAUGUCCAAGGCCGGCGUCCUGCACAUGCGCCUCGGCCCGGGCAAGCACCUGCACGGCGUCGACCUGCUCAACGGCGCCGUCAAGGGCGAAGAGUUUGACUACUUCCACGACAUGAUCCUCAGCCAGGAGAUGGCCCGCACCAACUGCCGUGGUUUCCAGGACGGCAUGCUGGCCGGCAUGACCAUCGGCCUGCCCGUCGUCCUCAACUUUGCCAACUCAGAGUCCCUGAGGAAGCGCAUCGCCGACGAGGUUUUUAGCGGCCGGAAGAAGAUUUGCCUGGCCAUCACCGAGGCCUUUGCCGGAAGUGACGUUGCGGGCCUGAGGACGACGGCUACAAAGACGCCCGAUGGCAAGCACUACAUCGUCCAAGGAACUAAGAAAUGGAUAACGAACGGAACGUUCUCAGAUUUUUUCGUCACCGGCGUCAAGACGGACAAGGGGCUCAGCGUCCUCCUUAUCGAGCGCGGCGAAGGCGUCGAAACCAAGGCCAUCAAGACGUCAUACUCGCCCGCCGCCGGCACGACCUACAUCACCUUUGACAACGUCAAGGUUCCCGUCGAGAACCUUUUGGGCCAGGAGAACAAGGGAAUCCACGUCAUUCUUAGCAAUUUCAACCACGAGCGGUGGACCAUGGCUUGCGCCACGAUCCGUCAGUGUAGGACCAUUGUCGAGGAGUGCCUCCUCUGGGCGAACCAGCGCCUCGUCUUUGGCAAGAAACUCAUCGACCAGCCCGUCAUCCGCCUCAAGCUCGCCAAGAUGAUCGCCCUCACCGAGUCCCACCAGUCCUGGCUCGAGACCGUCACCUACCAAAUGAACCAGAUGCCCUACAAGGAGCAGGCCAAGCACCUCGGCGGGCCCAUCGGCCUGCUCAAGAUGAGCGCCACCCGCGCCGCCCACGAGAUCGCCGACGAGGCCGUCCAGAUCUGGGGAGGGCGCGGCCUCACCCGGACCGGCAUGGGCCGCGUCAUCGAGAUGUUCAACCGCACCUACAAGUUCGAUGCCAUCCUUGGCGGUGCCGAGGAGGUCCUCGGCGACCUGGGCGUUAGGCAGGCCAUGAAGUUCAUGCCCAAAUCGCGGUUGUAAGUCGCCGCCGCCGCCGCCACCUCCUCGUUCUCUAUCACCACGAUCACCACUUUUACAGCGCGGGGGGAGGGCCGACAGAGGUGGGUUCGGGAUUGUAAUGUAUCAACUAUCAUGUUCGGGAACAUCACGGCAACCACGUAGUAGAGUAGAGCGGAACCAACAAAGUUAAACCAAAAGAUCGGAUGAGACUUACCACCCCCCUUCUCCUUUUCUCCUUUUUGACUUUGUGGACAGGCCCCCUUUUCAAGGCUUUUCCAUAGUUCCGUAAACAUGUUCGGAUUAGAGAUGCCUGCGAAAAUCAGACAA